CGCGCAUUCAUUCUUGGAAUGACUCACGACUCAAGAUCCCCUGCUCGUCACGACGACUGCAACGUGAGACUCGACCGCCUUGAACAUUUCUGUCGCGCUGAAACCCUCCACUCGUGAUUUUUAGUGGGGUCUGCACGCAUGCCCGCAUGAUCGGAGGCUGUCAGUCGCCGCGAGUCCUCGCUUCAGCUCAUUCUGCUCGCCUUCGUCUUCUCUUUACCUCAUUUCUUCACGAUCCUCAUCUCCCCCCAAAGAACGGAACACCGGCAAUAAAACUUGGAGCAGGAAUAAGCUGCCGUGAGUGGAGGGAACCAUCGAUGAGUGCGAGUUCACUCGCGCUUGCUAUAAGACUGCGAUGUGUGAGGAGGGCAAUAUCAUCAGCGACAUUCCAAGACUCGAUCAUGUCCCCUCUUAUGAAGAGUUUUUGAAUGACUAUCUGAAGGCCAAUCGACCUUGCAUCUUGCCUGCUGCCCUCGUAGCCCACUGGCCGGCUCGCCGAUGGGCUGACGUGGGCGAACAGUCAUCUACUGCUGGCUUCAGCGAUGAACCCACUGGAGAAUUAAGCAGAGCCUUCGACGUCCUCGCCUCGAAAUUCGGAGAUUACACUACGCCAGUGGUACUCAGUGGCACAGGUGCUGCUGACAAGGAGGAGGAGAAAGCAUAUGGUCAUGAAGAACGCGAAGAGAUGAAGCUUGAGGAGGCCGUGAAGCUUUUGAGAUCGGGCGGAGCCAGCUACGUCAAGGACUUUCAUCUGGUGCAGCAGCUCGAGCAGAGGGGCGCAAAGCGCGAAGAAGUGUACACUACGCCAUGUAUUUUUGCAGAUGAUUGGACCAACAAUAUUGAAAUUGGCGAGGAUGAUUUCAGAUUCUGCUAUGCCGGCGUCAAAGGUAGCGGGACGUCACUGCACAGAGAUGACACGAGCUACUCUUGGUCCACCAACAUCAUCGGCCGAAAGAGAUGGCGCUUCUUUCCUCCGCAGGUCAUCUCAGGUCUACGUCGCUUCCCACAAGUCGUUACCUCACAGACUGCCUCUUCCGUAUCGCAGCUAGACGGGGCCGCCGCACUCGGACAGCUGGGUCCAGUGCGGGAUGGAAAGAUGGGAUACGAGGAUUGGCAAUGGGCCCGCAAGUACUGCAUCGAGAUCGAGCAAGAGGACGGAGAAACGAUAUUUGUCCCUAGCAAUUGGUAUCACGAGGUUCUGAACUUGGAGCACUGCAUUUCGUUGAACCACAAUUGGAUCAACUCGAACAACCUUUUGUCCGUCUUUCACUCUCUGUGCGGUGCUAUAGAGGCCACCAAAGAAGCUUUGGUGGACGUCAGAGAUCUGUUGCAGUCUGCGGACCAGACGAAUCGCACUGUAUCGUGGAAGAAGGCGUGGUACGAACAGGUAAUCGGUGUUGUGGAAAUGGAUCAAGGAUGGGCUUGGCCAGGCUUUUGGCGAAUGAUUAGAAGGGCGCUCGAGCAUCCGCCAGCUGAGUCACAUCUACGACCGCCAGAUGCAGAAGUGCACGCGAUCGUCGCAAAUUGUUUGAACUUGUUUGCUUCGCGCGAAGAAACAUCCUUCUUGGCCUCUCAGGUCAUCGAGGAUGCUGCGUAUUGUGCGCGAUUCGCUGGACAGACUUUCGCAAUAAACAAUUGACAUAUUCUGAAGCGCCUUUGAGCGAAGUUCUACGAUGCAGCUUCAGGUCGCGUCCAAAGCAUUGCGAUGGAAUCUUCGAGACCCUCGCUUGUUACCUUUGCCAGCUCCUUGUAGCCGUGCUUCUUGUAGAACGGCACGGCGGACGGCGUUGGAGCG